AUGUCUCUGAUCGAGCGAACAUCUCCGCAAUUGAGGCUUCGACUACUGACCUCCACGCUCCUCAAAAACUUCAUUAAUCGACGCGUGCCGUACGAUGAGGUCCAACAGCAAGCCAGUCCGACGCCAUGCAGUAGCACAUACACGGGCUAUCGUGGUACGGCAUCAAAUUUUAGCCCAACCCACAUUUUGGAAGUAAGCAGCCCCCACACAAGAGUUUCCAUUUGUCCGAUAUCUAGUCUCUCGCCAUCGGUCCUUCGUGACGAGUUAAUCACGAGGGAGUCACCCGAGGUUGCGUCCGGUGAGAUCGUCGCAAACGGAUGCGCGAAGAUCUAG